GAGCUAGCGAGAAGCUCCCGAGUGGUUUAUGGAAUCUGAACGCACUCGACGCGCUCUAUCUCUAUUCUCUCGUCACUACCGGUACAAAAUUGUAUCUCUUCUCACGAGGCACAAAUAAAAAGCAACGCAAAGCAAGUAUCACAAUUAGUGAAGCUAUUACAGUCUGCAUCGCUUAUUGUUGCGAAACGAGCAGUGUGGGCCUUACGAAAUAUAGCCGGAGAUGGACCAUAUGCUCAACCUCUUUUGCACGAUUUAAUUAAACCUGAUACUCAAACGCACACUUAAAGAUGUCAAGUUCGAAUUUUGCUUUAGAUGCCAAAAGGCAUGAACUAUAUAAAUCAGGAACCAAUAAUAAACCUGUUAUACUGGAUGGAUCGUUAUUUAUUCGCGAUAAAGUCACUGAUGUUCUUAUGAUGAUUCCUGACACAUUAGAAACAAGGCAGUUCUUUAAUCUUAGUACAGUCAGUAACAAUUCAGAAAGUUGUAAUACUGGUAUUGUUCCUUCAGUUUCAUCUGAUGCUGAUGAAACUAGUACAGAAGAACUGAUUAGAUCCAAUAAUUUAGAUAAAGAUACGUGUGAUACACAGUCUCUUUCUUCAUCGGAUUCUGCACCUGUUAAGUGGACAGAUGCCAAUGCUGUGAGAUCACUUAUUUCCAAAUGGAAGAACCACGAAAGUGAUUUCAAAAAUACUAAAAUUAGAAAUAGUAAGGUGUGGCAAAUGAUUGCAGAUGAUUUGAAAGAAGAAAAUCCCUUGUGGAGCUUUAAUGGUAUUCAAUGCGAAAACAAAUUCAAAGACGUUAGAAAAUCGUAUACUAAAGUAAAAGACCACAAUAACCAGAGUGGAGCAGAACUGAAAACAUAUAAAUUUUACGAAGAGAUGGAGGCUGUUUUGGGUGAAAAACCAAUUGUGAAACCUAUUUCAAUAUCAUCAACAUUAAAGAAGAGGGUAUGUCCGCAUCCGGAAAGAGCAGUAUCACCAUUUAGUUCUGACAGUGAUGAAAAAGAAAAUUCAAAUCGGAAAAAAAGUAAAAUAGCGAAAGAAUUGGACAAAUGGAGUGAACAACAAAGAACAGAAGCAAAAAAACGGGAGCAAGCUAGAAUGCAGCGACAUAAAGAGAAGAUGGAAAGACAAGAUAAAGCUAUAGAAGUUUAUAAAGAACAAAUGGAAAAAUUAUUGGAAAAGCUGUAACAAGUUGAAACAGUCUAUUCCUUUUUUUUCUUUUUUUCUGGUUAACAGAUUUCUUUAUAAUGUAGAAUUUCUCAAAAGUAUUUAUCUUUCAAAAUGUUUUAUUGGAACAUAGAUUUCCUUAUACUGUAGUUUCAUGCAAUAUUUGGCUGUGUUUUCAUUACAUAUCUGUUCAUAAAAUAUGUUGUUUCUUUACUAAUUCAUAUUUUAUAUAUUUAAUGUAAUGCCCUAUCCAGAUAAACUUGUAUAGAUGUAUAACGUAUAACCAUUUACAUAAAGGAAAUUAUCUACUUG